UAGGUUUACCUUAAAGGUGGUUUAUAAUAACAUCAUGCAUGGAAUCACAGCUUUAUCUUAGUGUCUAUGGUAGUGCUGAGUUCCAAUCACGAGAAAUCACGGGCAAUUAGGGCUUAGCAAAUGAUGAUGCGAUCAUGACGCGGGCAAAGCUCCAGAUUGCCUGGUCAAUUCCGGUCUGUCUUGGUUUCUUUCUUGGCCUUUAGUCCACCUUCGUGCCUCUCACGAGGAGCAUUCCUUCCUGUGGUGUCCUAUUUGAGCGCUUGUUCCAGCGCUACCAAGCCCAAAUCACCACUUGGGUACUCCCCAGCCGUCUAGAUCUCACCUGGGUUCCAAUCCAGAUCACAAAUCUCCUCGCCUCCUCCGAGAUCAAAGCGCUGCGAAUGGCGGGUGCUAGCAAGAAGCCUCAUGUUCUAGCGUUCCCAUUCCCAAUCCCGGGCCACACGAACUCACUGAUGCACUUCUGCCGCCGUCUCGCGGCCUGCGAUGUCACCAUCACCUACGCCUCCAAUCCGAGCAACAUGAAGCUCAUGCACCAGACGCGCGAUCUGAUUGCAGACCCCCACGCCAAGAGCAACGUCCGCAUCGUCGAGGUCUCGGACAAUCCAGGUAACAGCAUGCGCAGCAGCAACGAUCUCGCCAAGGGGGAUCCCAGCGAGAACCUCGAGAAGCCAAUCGUGGCGGUACGCGCCAUGGCAGCCUCUGUGCGAGAGCUUAUCCGGAAGCUCCAGGAGGACGGGAACCCCGUUUGCUGCAUGAUCACCGACACCUUCAACGGAUUCACCCAGGAUCUGGCGGACGAAUUCGGCAUCCCCAGGGCGGUGUUCUGGACCUCCAAUGCGAUCAGCGACAUCUAUCACCUCUUCCUGCCGGAGCUCAUGUCCAAAGGAUUCGUGCCAGUCGCGACCAGGAAAACGGACGAGCUCAUCACAUUCCUGCCUGGCUGCCCGCCAAUGCCCGCCACGGAUCUGCCGCUCUCCUUCUACUACGAUCACCCAAUCUUGGGCAUGGUCUGCGACGGCGCGUCGCGGUUCGCGGAGGCGAGAUUCGCGCUGUGCAACACCUACGAGGAGCUGGAGCCACACGCCGUGGCGACGCUGCGCAGCGAGAUGAAAUCCAGCUACUUCCCCGUCGGCCCGUGCCUGUCCCCGGCAUUCUUCGCGGGGGAAUCCACCGCGGUGGGGCGAUCCAGCGAGCUCCUGUCUCCCGAGGAUCUGGCGUGCCUGGAGUGGCUCGACACACAGAAGGAAUCCUCCGUGAUCUACGUCUCCUUCGGCAGCGUGGCCACCAUGUCCGUGGAGCAAUUCCAGGAGCUCGCCAGGGGCCUGGAGCGCAGCAACCAGCCAUUCGUACUGGUGCUGCGCAAGACCCUCGUCGCGGAUCCAUCGGUUCACGAUUUCUUCGAGGGAUUGAAGCAGCGGAUUGGCAAGCGCGGGAUCGUGAUCUCGUGGGCGCCGCAAAUGCACGUCUUGCUCCACCCGGCGGUGGGAGGAUUCCUGACGCACUGCGGAUGGAACUCGACCGUGGAGGGGAUCUGCGCGGGCGUGCCGAUGCUCGCCUGGCCUUGCAUGGCGGAGCAGAACGUGAACUGCAAGGAGCUUGUGGAGCACUGGAAGCUGGCGAUCCCGGUCCAGGAUGAUCGGGAUAAAAGCUCCACGGUCUCGGUCUCGAGCGAGAGGAUCGCAGAUCUAGUGGUGAGGCUGAUGAGAGGCGACGAGGGUCGCGAGAUGCGAGCCCGGGCUCGGGAAUUCCGCGAGGCUACCGCGGCUGCCAUAGCCGAGGGAGGAUCCUCGGACAGGAACCUCAAGGCCUUUGCCCAAGCUCUGAGAGAUUUCGUGUGAUCUCUUGGAGGCUAACAACUAUUAUGUAAAGUCAAUAUUUCGAAGAUUAGAAUCAAUCAAUGGGUCGUGAUUCAUGGGCCUA